GCAAUGCAAUAUUCCUGCGGAGACAAUACAAUGCAAUACUCCUGCGGGCCAUCCUGCAGUUCGCUCGCGCCUGGUUCGGGGACUUCCAGCAUAUUACUUCCACUUUCAACGUGGCGGAGGAUGCGCCAGCGCCGCCGCCAGUCGAUGUCAAGGAGCUCUGGGAUGAAUUGCGCGGCACGCCCCAGCAGGACUUGCACCUCGACUUCUGGCGCGCGAGGCUGCAGUCGCACGCGCAGAGAGCACGGGGCCCCAUGACGAAAGCGCUCCUGGCUGGCAGGGGCGAGAUCUCCGCCAUGAGAGGUGCAGAGGAGAAGCGCGCACUCGAGCGCCAGCUGACCAGUGGCAUCGUACCACGUGGGCACCGCGGGCAGCAAAAGGGUAAGAUGUGGGACCCCAUCGUGGGCAAGGACAUGAAUCUGCCCUUCGCUGACUACGUCAGUACUCGAAUGCACUUCGAGAAGUUACUGGUGCUCUGGUGUGGCGGCGGGCGGCAGAAAACGCCGACAGCUGUUGGGGCAGCGAACCAUUUGGCCGAAUAUUACGACGUUGGCCACUACUGCGAAGCUUCCAGUCCGGAUGCGCUGAAGCCCGCUCAGGAAUAUGUCGGCAGGUGCGUGCCUGUGAUCUUGGAGGAGCUGCCUGCCAAGGACGUCAGCCAGAAAGGCCGAAAGAAGCAGCUCUUCGAGAUUCGGAGCGGCGGACAGCGCCGCGUCCGCAACGAACCAAUGAAGAAAAGGUUGUUCUUCGUGCACGUGGGUGAUCUGGUGAUUGCCCCAUCGGGGGUGGCCGCGCAUGAGGCCGAUUUGGAUGCAAUUGUGGCCGAGGGUAAGCGGCGGCGAUUGGAGCUGCAGGAUAUCACAGCUUCAGAAUCGGAUCUCACACCGACGACGGCGGGCAGUGCAUAUGUGGAGGCCAUGAGUACACCAGGAGAGAGCGAUGAUGAGGACGAUGUGCCUGACAAUGCAGCUUCUGCUUCCUCGUCCGACGCCUCGCAGCUUCCCGUUGGCGCAUCUGGGCCGCCUGGCGGCCAGCCGCUCAUUGCUCGCCUGCCCGAGUUCGUUGCCGUCUACUUGGUUUUUGCCGCAGGUGUUCUCGUCCGCGUGGGCGAGAUGGCGGGAGAAGUCCACCGGCACUACUUGACAGCGUUGCGAAGCGUGCAGCCUGACAUGGCCGAUGCCUAUGAGAACACC